GUGUUAUGAUGCUAGCUGUCGUUAGCCGCUAGUGCUAGGCUAGCUGAAGGUUCGUUCUGGUACUGUUGCGAAAAAGGGUGAUAAUUAGCCAGACAGUCGGGCUUGGCUUAUAUCCCAGCCAAAAGUAAAAUAACCUGCUUGAGCUUUUCGGCAGAGAGUACAGCAUCAAGAUAAUGUUUUGUGAAUAGCGUCCAGGACAACAUUGGGACUAUGAUUCAUACACGCGGAUUACUGGCCACGUCUUUGGAAAUUAUGAAGUGAUUUUCACGACUAAAAAUGCCCAUUGACAUUUCAGACCACUGCUGCUUCUUUCCACGUUUGGAUCUAUCGUUCCGUCUUUAAAGACCUUGGAUUCAUACUACGGUGGCCAUUGUGCUUCAUGUAAACGUUAACCAUGUGUCAAAGGUGGAAGGAUAUGUUCAGAUUAGUAUAAAUAUAUGUGGGAUAUCGCCCAAAGGAAGCCCUGGCAGGAAGCCUAGGACGGGAUAGGUACUGAAAAACGUUUCCCGGAGAAACAUGGCUUCAGUUUGGAAGAGACUGCAACGUGUAGGGAAGCAUGCCUCCAAAUUCCAGUUUGUGGCAUCCUACCAGGAGCUGAUGGUGGAGUGUACAAAGAAAUGGCAACCGGACAAACUAGUUGUGGUUUGGACACGAAGAAGUCGAAGGAAAUCGUCCAAGUCCCACAGCUGGCAGCCUGGCAUUAAAAACCCUUACCGUGGUGUGGUGGUGUGGCCAGUCCCUGAAAACAUUGAGAUCACAGUCACCCUGUUUAAGGACCCACAUGCAGAGGAGUUUGAAGACAAGGAGUGGACAUUUGUCAUUGAAAAUGAGUCGCCAUCAGGAAGGAGGAAGGCCUUGGCAACCAGCAGUAUCAACAUGAAGCAGUAUGCCAGCCCCAUGCCCACACAAACGGAUGUCAAACUGAAGUUUAAGCCCCUGUCCAAAAAAGUGGUGUCUGCCACUCUGCAGUUCUCCCUCUCCUGCAUCUUCCUCCGUGAGGGAAAGGCCACGGAUGAAGACAUGCAGAGUCUUGCCAGCUUGAUGAGCAUGAAACAGGCCGAUAUUGGAAAUUUGGAUGAUUUUGAAGAGGACAAUGAAGAGGACGAGGAGAACAGAGUAAACCAGGAGGAGAAAGCUGCCAAAAUCACAGAGAUAGUAAACCAGUUGAAUGCCCUGAGCUGCUUACAUGGGGAUGAUGAUGAUGAUGGUUUCCCAAAGCGAGCACGCAAAACUAAGCCUGCCGCUUCAUCCCAAGAAUUGAUCAACAAGCUAAACUUUCUGGAAGAUGAAGAUCAAGAUGCCCCUGCUAACAUGAGCACCAAUCCAUUUGACGACCCUGAGGAUGACCUCCAAGAUCCAAACCACCUCAAUCCUUUUGGAGAGCCUGAGGAGGAAGAGACCCCUGUCCAGCCAGUUCCACGACACCAAGAUGAUUUCUGUAAUGACCAUGAUUCCUCAAAUCCAUUUAUUGAGUCAGAAGAUCCAGAGACCCCAGGAAACCCAUUUGAAGAGGCAGACCAAGACCCAGAACCUAUCCCUGAGCCCCCCAAACCCAGGCAGAAGAAAGGCGUGCGGCCAGUCGACAUGAGCAAGUAUCUCUACGCAGAAACCUCCCACAACCACGAAGACGAGCUUGAUGAAUCCAAUCCAUUCUACGAGCCAAGGACAUCCAGCCCUGUACAGCCUCCCACUGGCAGCUCGUCUUUGGAUGAGGGAAGCAGCCAGAAGAGAAGGGCCCCCCCACCACCCAGUGUCAGUCCUCAUGCUGGCUCCUGUGUCCCAGAUCCCAAACCCAGUCCUGGCCCAGACAAGGAGAGGGCCCCACCAGCAGGACCCAGCUCUGUGGCUGCAGUCAUGGGGAGGGAGCUGGCUUCCUCCUCCCCUAAGCUCAGUCCAUUUCCCAGUCCGGUGUUGGGUGGAAAGCCAAAUGCAAGUCAGUCUCUUUUGGCCUGGUGUCGUGAUGUCACCAAAAACUACCGUGGAGUAAAAAUCACCAACUUCACCACGUCUUGGAGGAACGGCCUGGCAUUCUGCGCUCUGCUUCAUCACUUCAGGCCCGACAUGAUAGACUACAAGUCGUUAAAUCCUCAGGAUAUUAAAGAAAACAACAAAAAGGCAUAUGAUGGCUUUGCCAGUCUUGGCAUCUCCCGUCUCUUGGAACCUUCCGACAUGGUGCUAUUGGCAAUUCCUGACAAACUCACAGUAAUGACCUAUCUGUACCAGAUCAGAGCACACUUCUCUGGAGAGGAACUCAACGUAGUGCAGAUAGAAGAGAACAGUAGUCGAAGCACUUAUAAAGUGGGUGACUUUGAGACUGACACUAAUGCUUCCAUUGGACAGGACAAGUUUUAUGCAGAAUUAAAUGAUGUACAGCUACGACCACCUGUAUCACAGGCUGAGUCACCUGCUGCAGAAAACUAUAAUAAAACAGGAGAUGAAGACCAGAUAAACUCUAGUUGGAAAGCUGAAGUAGCAGAAGUGUCAUCUGCACAAUUGACAUCACCGUGUCCUAUUCCAGCUCCACGUACAAUGUUAACCACCACCGACUCCAGGCCGGCCCUUGAGUCGAAUAAGGCCUCUGAGGACAGACCAAAGGUAGUUAAAGCAGACACCCUGGACCUGGGAGACCUACCACAAAGAGUGGACACAGAGACACAAAAGGAUGAGGGAAGAAGAGAGAGUGGGACAGAGUCAGAAGGUCCCAUCAGAAGAGGAGCGACUCAGAUGUCCUCAUCACCUCCACAACAGAAACUAGGCUUCUCCUACAACCGAGACGCUGACCUAAUCAAGAAGAAGAGGGCCAGUUUGCGCCAUGCAGAGUCCGAGCCAGCCGCAGACACCAGCUCUACUCCAACAAACCACAUAGAUACAAGUCCGAAACCGACCCCAACUCCAGCCCCUGUCUCAAGUCCUACAGCUGAAAAGAAAGUCCUGUCCCGUCAGGAGGAGCUGAAGGAGCGAGCUCGUCUUCUGCUUGAACAGGCUCGCCGCGAUGCUGCCAUGAAAGCCAGCAACAAGACUUUCCCCAGCUCAGCCUUCACUGCACCAGCCAAAGCUACAAGUGUUUCUGAUGUAAGUCACUCUGGGAGCAGGGACGCAGAGCGGAGGAGGCAGCUGAGAGAGAGGGCCAGGCAGCUGAUCGCUGAGGCUCGAUCAGGAGUCAAAAUGUCUGAUCUGAGCACAUUAGAUGCAGAUCGAGCCAGAGGAACCAGGGCCAGUCCUGCUGGAGACCAGUCAGGUAGAUUACAUGUGGAGGAGGAGGAGGAGGAGGAGGAAGAGGAGGAAGAGGAGGAAGAGGAGGAAGAGGAGGAAGAAGAGCAGCUUCAGUUUGAGGCUGAUCCUGCUGUGCUUGGUGCCACAUCUGCAGCUCCUCCGGUUAUUAACCUACUGCCACUCCAGGCCUCACCUCCAGACUCCUCUACCGCACUGGGGCCGCUGGAGCUUACUAACCCCAGCUCUGAGCUAACUUCUCUGGGUCUGAACAGUAAACAUGUGGACCUAAAGUUGAAGAAGAUCGAGAUCAAACCAGGAGCGACCUCACCUUCAUCUCCAUCUUCAACAUCCUCCUCCUCGUCACCAUCUGUGUCCUCCUCCACGCUCAGUCCAGGCGAGGGGCCAGAGAACAAUGCAGAUGAACUCCGUGCAGAGCGUCUGCGGAGGGCAACAGAGAGACUGCGGAGCCCUGUCGUUUUCAACAAAGACUCUGCAGUAAGAAAAACACAACUGAAGUCCUUCAGCCAGUAUGUGGAGAGCAAACCAGAGGUAAAGAGGCAGAAAUCCAUCCCUGAGGAUAUGAGGCGAGCAGCCGACGACAGGGGGUCACCAACAAACUCUGAUAUUUGCCGACCAUUUGAAGAGGAGAAGGCGUUCAAAGACACCAGUCAGUAUGUGGUUGGGGAACUGUCGGCACUGGAGAGCGAGCAGAGGCACAUAGACGCCCGAGCAGCGCGUGUGGAGAAGAGGCUGCGCUAUCUCAUGGAUACAGGCAACAACAAAGAGGAGGAGGAGUCCAUGAUGCAGGAGUGGUUUAUGUUGGUCAAUAAGAAGAACGCGCUCAUCCGGAGACAGAACCAGCUCUCCUUGCUGGAGAAAGAGCAUGAUCUGGAGAGGCGCUUUGAGCUGCUGAACAGGGAGCUCAGAGCCAUGCUGGCCAUAGAGGAUUGGCAGAAGACUGAGGCUCAGAAGAGGCGCGAGCAGCUGCUUCUGGAUGAACUGGUCAUUCUGGUCAACAAACGGGACGCUCUGGUCAGGGAUCUGGAUGCCCAAGAGAAAGAGGCUGAGGAAGAGGACGAGCACCUGGAGAGGACACUGGAGCAAAACAAAGGCAAGAUGGCCAAGAAAGAGGAGAAGUGUGUUCUUCAGUGAUUGUCAUGACACUACAGACGACAAAUGUAGCCGAUGAAACAAUUGUAUAAUAACAUUAUUAUAGUGGGUUUCCGGUUUCUUAUUCACUCAAGAGGCUCUGGUGAAUAUUUGAGCCUAGCGAUGCCUUUGCACCAACUUUUCAAUGAUGUAAGCAGUGUCUAUUAUAUUCUAUACUUUGUUUUAUUUUGGGUUUGCUUAAUGAGGAAAGGUACUUUAAAAAACCUGCAUGAGCAAAAAGUGCAAAACCUGUCGACUGUCCUGUUUGAAUCUGAGCAGCAGCACAAGCUUUUCUGAGGAGACUGAGGUACAGCACAACAGACUUUUGUAGAGUCAUAAAGAGAGUGUGUUUUCAAUUGGACUUUUAAUGGAAAAAAACAAACAAAACAUAUGACUUUUAAAACUACUUCAUUACUUGACUAUGUAUUUUUUAUUUUUUUCACUCUUGUAACAUAUCUUAAGGGGAACUAUAACAUGAAUAAUGUCUAUUUCACCUUUCUUAAUCCUUUUUUAUUGUUAUUCAAAGCCGUUUACCAAACGUUUGAGCUGGUUCAGCCUAUUUUGAAUCAUGUCUUGUAUAUUUUCAUCCUGCUCUGACCAGUAGCUACAAUCUUCCUUGUUGGAGGAAUUCUUGCAGUCAAAAACAAUGAUAUAUUAUUUAUUGCCGUUUCCUUUAAGCUGCUUGUGAGUAAUCUACCAUUGCAUUUCAUGCAUUUUGCUCAACAACUGACUUUGUAUUUAUUAUAUGCAGAAGUGACUUCCACUUUCAUAGCUUCACUUCUCACAUGUUUAAGUGUGGACAUUGCUGUUUAUUUAUUCCAGUGUCAUAACCCAUCUUCAAUAAAGUUCUGCAGUUUCAUAUCCAUAAACUCAA